AUGUUGCUGUCGUCCCUCAUCGCCAGUUUCGUUGCCUUAUCGGGUACCGCUGCUGCACUACCUCAAUCCCAGCCGUUUAGAGAGGUCUUGCGCAGGAGACAAGGUACUACAAGUAAUGCUCUAGAGAUUGAUCUGGGCUAUGGGAUCUAUCAAGGUUCCAGCAACACGAGUACUGGUAUAAACACUUGGAGAGGAAUUCGCUUCGCUGCUCCACCAACCGGUGGCUUGCGCUGGCAACGACCCCAAACACCACCCGUAAAUCGAACUUCCACCAUCUCCGCAGAUGCCUAUGGGCCUCAAUGCCCCCAAGUUGGCUUCAGUGGAAUGUCGAACAUGCAGUCGGGCGGCACAACACCGCAAACCUCAGAAGAUUGCCUUUUCCUCAAUGUCCAAAGCCCAGCCAACGCGACAGAUCUCCCUGUUCUCGUAUGGAUCCAUGGUGGCGGUUAUGGCGCUGGCAAUGGCCAGCAAGACUUUACUGACCUCCUUACGACUACUGGAAACAACUUCGUCGUCGUAUCAAUUCAGUACAGGCUGGGACCGUUUGGCUUUCUCGCAUCUGACGAGGUAGUCCGGAAGGGUGUGGCGAAUGCCGGAAUCUUGGAUCAGUUCUUCGCUCUCCAGUGGGUGCAGACAUAUGUUAGCCAAUUUGGAGGUGACCCUUCAGCUGUCACCAUAUCCGGUGAAAGUGCUGGCGGUGGAUCAGUCAUGCUUCAAGAUAUGGCCUAUGGUGGCUCAUUGGGCGACUCUUUGUUCCGCAGCACCAUCGCUGCAUCACCCUAUCUACCUAAGCAGUACGCUUACAACAGCUGGAUUCCGACACAAAACUACUAUGCCUUUGCUAAUCGCGCUGGCUGCCCAAUAGCCGCAUACAGCAACGCAUCCUCCACAAUCUUCGAUUGCUUGGUAUCGCAAGAUACGGAGACGCUACAGAAUGCUUCUCAGGAAAUGAUGAACACUGCGACGUACGGAACGUGGGCUUUCUUGCCAGUGACUGACGGGGUGUUCAUUCAAGACGGGCCAAGCAGCCAACUGCUCGAGAAGCGUGUGAACGGGCGAAAUGCUUUGAUCGGAAAUAACGCCAACGAGGGACCUCUAUUCGUACCUCAAGACAUCACUUCCAAUGACGACUUCCUCACCUGGCUUCGCAACAACUUGCCCGAAUUCACCGACUCUGAUAUCGCGAAGGUUCUACGCUAUUACCCAAUUAGCAACACUGCAGACUCUUCUGACGCGGAUGAGUUUGCGACGAAUGGUGUUACUGGGCCUAGUGCGCUCGACCAAAGCUCGCUUGCUACAGGACAGCAGCAGCGCGCUAAUAACCUUUACGCUGAACUGACUUUCGUAUGCCCAUCGUACUGGAUGGCCGAAGCAUACACCGGCGGUGAACGCUCCUCGUACAAGUACCAGUUCAGUCCUCUCCCUGCCACCCACGGUGGGGACUUGCAAGGGUACUUUGGACCGUUGGGCUCCGUGCCAUACCUAAGCACCGACUUCCAGCGUGCUUUCAUGAAUAUCUGGGGAAAUUUUAUCACUCAAGGCAACCCAUCAAUCUCUGCUUCCGUUGCAGCAGGCUCUUCUUCGUCUAACACUACUACAAAUACCACUGCCGCGACCCAAUGGCCAGCCUUCUCAGUCGCCGAACCGUAUCAACUCGAUCUCAACCAGACAGGUGGUGUCAUGGCCGUUGGUUCGUCGGAAAUCGGCUCACCGGUCAACACGACCUACUUCACUGGACCAGGUCUUAUGAACAACUUUACACUUGUUGAUGCGUACACUUGGGAGGCUGGACGCGGUAUGAGAUGCGACUUCUGGAGGAGCGUAGCCGACAUCAUCCCUGCAUAA